CUUCUCAUAAAGACGGGGAGAACAUAGUUGAUGGGUCAACAGAUUGUGAUCUUGCAUCAUCUUUAAUAUUCUCUGGUGAUCACGUGUCAAUUUUUCACCUGAAGAAUUUAGAUUUCGUCUUGAAUAACCGGAUGUUUGGUACAUUGUUGACGAGGUGUACUCAAUGGACCGCAUACGUUCUCCAUGUAAGGUUGUUCGUGCAAGUAAAACCAAUAGUAACUGAAAAAACUUUUCCCAACUCCCGAAUGACCCGUGAUACACCAGCCACGAACGUUCUUUUCCGUAUGAAUCAUCUCAACAAAGUCACGAUAUUAUUGACGCAAAAUAUG